AUGGAAGAGACCCAACCUCUCUUGACCCACGGAUCAGUACCUACUUCAGCAGCCCGCGGUUACGGUUCAUUGGGUGCCAUUCCUACCUGUGAUACCUCUCGACCUGAAGAACCAAACACAUUUUCAAACAUUUUUGCUAAGCUCAGGAAACUUAUGCCUUUCAUUUGGCCAAAGAAUGAUCCAUGGCUUCAAUUCCUCGUCGUGCUUGAUUUUAUGUUACUUUUAUCCAGUUUGGCUAUCAACGUCUGGACACCUUUGCAAAUCGGUGCUGUAGUUGAUCGUCUAGGUGAAGGAAAAGGCAAGUUUGCAUGGGGAGUAGUUUUGGCUUAUGUUGGUCUUCGUUUCCUUCAAGGUGGUUCUGGCCUUAUUCAAUCAUUGCAAAACUGGAUCUGGAUUCCAGUUGGACAAUACACUACUCGUGAAGUGUCUGUAAAGCUGUUCAGUCACCUCCACAGCCUUUCGCUCGACUACCACAUCACUCGCAAGACUGGUGAGGUUCUGCGAGUCAUGGACCGUGGUACUAGCAGUAUUGUUCAGCUCUUGUCCCAGCUUCUGUUCCAGAUCUUUCCUGCCUUGGCCAACAUUGUCUUGGCAGUAGUUGUGUUUGCGUUUUGGUUCUCGCCUCCUUUUGGUCUGAUUGUGUUUAUUACGAUGGCACUCUAUAUCUUUGCGACUAUCGCAAUGACCGAGUGGCGUACGAAGUUCAGACGGCGGAUGAUCGAGCUGGAUAACUUUGCUCGAACAAAGGCAGUCGAUUCACUGUUGAAUUUUGAGACGGUCAAGUAUUAUGGUGCUGAAGAUUUUGAGGUCAAUCGAUACAAGAAUGCUGUGAUUGAAUAUCAGCAAGCCGAUUGGGAAAGCUCCGUUUCUCUCAACCUGCUCAACCUGGCUCAGAACACGAUCAUUACCGGUGGUCUGUUGGCAGGUUGUUUGCUGUUUGCAUGGAAGGUGUCUGAGGGCCAACUUACAUCGGGUGACUUUGUGGUCUUUAAUAUGUACAUGAUGCAACUCUACACUCCCUUACAUUGGUUUGGCACGUACUACCGUAUGAUUCAAUCGAACUUUGUUGAUAUGGAAAAGAUGCUUGCCCUCUUUGAGGUAGAACAGUCUGUGAAGGAUGCCCCUGAUGCAAAGGAGCUGGUUAUUAAGGAAGGGCAUGUUGUAUUUGAAAACGUUACCUUUUGCUACGACAACCGUCAGACUGCACUAAAUGGUAUCUCAUUCUCUAUUCCCAAGGGAGCCACUGUUGCACUUGUGGGACCAUCUGGAGGAGGAAAAUCUACUAUUUUACGCCUGCUAUUCCGUUUCUAUGAUCCUGCUUCUGGUCGCAUCUGUAUUGAUGGCCAAGACAUUCGCUCCGUUUAUCAAUCAUCACUCCGCAAGAGUAUUGGCGUAGUACCCCAGGACACUGUACUUUUCAAUGACACAAUUCUGUACAACAUCCGCUACGGUGACGUCAAUGCUGAUGAAGAAGCCGUAAUUAAGGCUGCAAAGGCUGCGCAGAUCCAUGAUAAAAUUUUAUCCUUCUCAGACGGUUACGAAACAAAGGUUGGAGAAAGAGGACUUCGAUUGAGUGGUGGUGAAAAGCAAAGAGUGGCCAUUGCUCGUACGAUCUUGAAAGAUCCCCCGAUCAUUCUUUUGGAUGAAGCAACCAGUGCAUUGGAUACUACAACUGAGCGUCAGAUUCAAAAGGCAUUGUCGACCAUGACAAAGGAUCGUACUACUCUUGUUAUUGCACACAGACUGUCGACUAUCAUCAAUGCUGACCUCAUCUUAGUUAUCAAGGAUGGUACCGUUGUUGAGACCGGAACACAUGAAGAAUUGAUCAAAAAGAUGACAGCUGAUGGUCAGCAAGGUGUUUACUCUGAGAUGUGGCAAAAGCAACUU